UAGACACAUACACACUUCGUAUGUUGAAAGUUUAGUUAGUUAACAACUAUAAUAAUCAUCAGUCUGUUGUUGUGUAUUUUUUAUAUGUAUGGUUAUCAUCAUCACAAUCGCCACAAUCAACAACAAUCUUAAAUCAUAGUUAGUGAUUUGUAAGUUGAUUGUUUACUUUGAUUGGUCUUCAUAGAAAAAAUUCUGUAAAUUCUGUUGCUCAUGUUGUGAGAAUUUCUUUUCGUUUUCUUGGUUUAUUUUUAUUUUUAUUUACUUUUUAUUUUCUCUCCCAUUUUCUCUUGAUUAUUUUCACUUGAUUCCUAACUGAUUCAGUGUGUAAUGUCCAAUAAAUCGGGAUUCAUGGAUAUCCAACAGCAAAUAAACAUGAGUUCUCAUCAUCAAAAUGCUUAUUCAUCAAUUCGUCCAAGUUAUUCAAGACCUGGAACUCAAUCGGCUCAUGAAGCUUUCGGUGAAGCUCAAUCAUCCCCAAUGUCAAUGAGUGAUUAUCCUUUUUCAUCAAUGAACAAUUCAUCUUUACAUAAUUCAUAUACUCAUCAUACUGGACAUCAUUAUAUGAGUUCAUAUCCAAACAAUAUAACAUCAUGUCCACCCUGUCCAACUCCUCCAAGAGACGAGAAACCAGAAUUGGAAGGAAUAUCAACUCGUGUAAACGGAAAAGGAAAAAAGAACCGGAAACCUCGUACAAUUUACUCAAGCAAUCAACUCGCACAACUUAACCGACGAUUUGCUCGAACACAAUAUUUAGCUCUACCCGAAAGAGCUGAACUAGCAGCGUCUUUAGGACUCACCCAGACACAGGUAAAAAUUUGGCUUCAAAAUAAACGUUCAAAAUGCAAGAAACAAGCGAAAGCUAUGAAUGGCCCUCCAGGGCCAGUUAAUGGUGCCCAGGGUGGUGGUGGUGGCGGUGGUAGAAAUGGUAGAGGUCGAGGUGGUCAACAAGGUCAACAACAGCAAGGUCAAGCUCAACAACAAACUCUUUCAAAUCAACAGCAAUCACUUGAUACUCAACAAGGAGCUGGUCUAUCAGCUGGUUCACCUUUUAUCCCUCAGCACUCACCCGAAGUACCAAAUGAAAGCCAUACACCGUUACAUUCAUCGUUAGGUUCAAAUCCUGGAGGUGGUGGUGGCGGUGGAAACCCUAAUGGUAAUAUAAAUGGACCAAUAGGUCCACUAGGAAAUUCACUUGUUUCCUCAAUAGUCUCAUCAUCUUCUUCCUCCUCAUCAUCAUCUUCAGCCUCCGGUCCUGUAUUGACUCGUUCACCGAAUCUUCCGGUUUAUCAACAAGAAUCACCACUUAAUACACCAUCAAAUCUUGCUCGAAGUUCACCUGGAACCAUUCAUUCAUCACCAUCGACACCUUCAAACACCGCCAAUAAUAAUAACAAUAAUAAUCCCAAUUCAUGGUCUUCAAUGGGUCAGAUAACACCUAAACAAGAGGUCGGUGUGGGCCUGGGUUCAUCAUCUUCAUCUUCAUCAUCAACAUCUUCCUUGGGAGGAACAGGCCCUGGGGGCAUACCUUAUCCACCUCCACCUCCAGCAAUGUAUAGCAAUGGUUACAUGAAUACACCUUAUUGGUAUCAUUCAGAUCAACCAGUCAACAAUACAAUUUAUUAAUAUCCCCUUCCAAUUAAUUGAUUAUACACAAGAUGCGACAACAACAAACAUCAACAAAAAACAUCAUCAUCAUCAUCAUUAUACAAAACAAUACAAAAAGCUUAGCUUAUAACAAAAUAUCAUCUUCAUCUUCAUCAUCAUCAACUAAUUGAUCCUAAGACAUCAACACAACAUCAUCAUCAACAUCAACAACCUCAUUCAUCUUAUCACAGUGUUAACAUAAGUUGUCUGAUUAACUAUUAAAAAUCAUCUUCAUCCUCAUCCUCAUCCUCAUCCCUCAUCAUCUUCAUCAUUUACCUUAGAAACAGAUGAUAAUAUCUUUUAAAUUGUAGGCUUGAUUGUUUUGCUUGAUAAUCAGUGAUAAAGACAAUUUUUUUGCUUCUUCAUUUCCUUAAUCUUAAUCUCUUCCAACUGGAUAAAGAGAAGAGAGAGAGAGAGAGAGAUUAAUUCAAAAAUCUAAUUAUAUAACAAGCGAUGCUGGAAAAAUAAAACAAAACUUUUGCUGAUGGAAAAUUAUAAAAAACGAGUUAUUAUCUUCAUCAUUUUUAUCCUCAUCACCAUCAUCAUUAUCCAUUUUCAUCAAUGUUAAUCUGCAAAAAUGAUAAAAAGUACACAAUCAAUGAAGACGAAGACGAAAAACAAAACCUCUCAUCUAAUCUUAAUCUUUUUUUGAAGAUAAUCCCCUCAAUCAACAACAGAUUAAUCCAAGAUUAUUUUUGACUUUUACAAACUCAACCAAAAGUUUACCUGUUCGCAAUCCUGGAAUCAGCAACAAUUAACUUAAUUGUCACAAUCAAAAGUUUCAAUGUUUUUCUCCAAUAGUGAGAAAAAGAGAUGAUAUCUAAAGAGAGACUGAUUUAAUUACAUCGACAGCAAUUGAUAAUCACAAUCAAAUUAAAUCACAAUCAGAAGAAAACAUCAAACCUUAAAUGUUAACAAUUUAUCAAUUGUUUCAAUCUAACAAUUUAAUUAUAUAUUAAUAAAUAGUAAAUAAGCCUCUCCCUCCCUC